GUUCUGAUGUUUAAUUGUGUAGUUGUGGACAUCGGUUGUGAGUAGUCAUUACCACAUUAUCCUACUAUAUACGUCAGCACGGUAUCAUAUCUACGACUUUAAUGUGAUUACUUUGUACUUGAAUAACACCUAUGGAUGUAAUCGAGACGGUAGAGAUUAAAGAUGAGCAUGGUAGCACCAUCAAUUAUUCACUCUAUAAGGGUCACGUGUAUCCUCCUCAUGUUUCGUCUAACAUCCGGGACUUAGUAGCCAACACUGCACAGUUAAAAUGUCGGCAGGACGAUGUGCUGCUGUAUACUUAUCCUAAAUCCGGGACACACUGGAUGUACAACAUACUACACAUGUUCCUGACCGGGAAAAUCACAUAUGCCGGCACACCUGCAUAUCUGGAAUUCCACAAUAUUGACGUAAUAAACAGUAUGGCAUCUCCGAGACUCUUUGCAACCCAUCUAGAAGUGGACUUAUUUCCGGAAGACAUAAAAAAUGGUAUAGGCAGGGUUUUCAACAUAAUCCGGAAUCCGAAAGACGUCGCUGUUUCUUACUACUGUUUUCUGACCGCUAUGAAAAAUGUUGGAUUUACAGGAGAUUUUACUGGCUUUCUACACUUCUAUUUGAAGGAAGAAUUUUUCUUUGGAAAUUGGUUUGCGUCCAUCAAACAGUGGAUAGAUAUUGAGAAGAUGUAUCCCAAGAUGAAGACGAUUACCCUUUACUACGAAGACCUAAAACGAAAUACACUUCCAAACCUGGAAAGAGUUGUGCGAUUUCUUGGAAUUCCAAGAGAUGAUGAAUUCUGCAAAAACGUAAUGGCCAAUACGGACUUCACUACAAUGAAACAGAAGCACGAAGCAGAGUCAAAACGCAUGGAGCAAUUUAGGAAUGUUGUCAAAGAUGGAAUUCUUCCCGUCUACAGGAAAGGUGACAUAGGGGACUGGAAGCGGUGGUUUACGCCAGCACAAAGCGAACUGUUUGACCGUAUUUAUAAAGAACGACUAGCGGGAUACAAUGUAGAAUUGGUGUUUGACUAAAUCCACAAGGGCAUGUGUCGAAAGACAAUAAAACGCGAAAUAAGAUCUGUAUCCUUCACAUCGGCUUGCGUGAAAUAAAAUGAUUCCUGACGAAGUUUUGACAGCACCUAAAUAUAAUUAGAUAGAUAGCUAAAUAGAUAAAUAAAACAUAAAUAAACAAGGUACACCAUAAUGACAACUGACCAUUGUACCGUAUGGUCAGGAUGUAUAUGUAUAUAGCUCUGUUAUGUAUACAUCCUAAUGUUAUCUAAUACUGUACAUGUUGCCAUUCGUUAUAAUACGUAUGAAAACAAGAUGUGAUACGUGUUAGAUGAUUAAAGUGUAUAACAUACUAUAAUCUUCGCAAAUCGUUGACAGCAAAUGAUACUUGUUUUAAUUACACAUCACUGGAUAUAUUACGUUAAACAUUCGAUUAGGACCAAGAGGCUCCAUACCCAGAAUAAAAUCGUGAAAAGAAUUGAAUGUCUGGUCGACAGCGUCUGUACUGAGUUUGGUUACAGGAUCUUAUCAAAUACUAUUGACAUACUAAUGGGAACAAAUUGUGCCCCUGUCUUGACCAACUUGUUGACUACACUGCCGAUCAGAUGUACCUUUGGAACUUGAAAUCAAGAACAAAGUGCUGGACUCUUCGACAUCAGUCGUUACAUCGAAAGUAACAGCAGGGACAGCUAUGAUCUGAUAUUUAUGAUAAGCGUGACGAUUUCAAUUCCCAUUUUUUCAUAUCUACAGUAACAUCACUGCUUCCCCAACCGACGGUGUUUACAUGACACGAAUUGAUUCAAUGAAUUAACUGUUACCAUGGUGACGAUAUACAUGACAUUUAUCGACUUCUGAGAGGAUUUUAAAACAUACAGGCUGCUGAAGAGCACGGAAAACGAAAAAUCUCUAUUUUGUUUGUAUUUUGCCCUCGAUUUUUUUUUUAAAUUUUGAGUUAGAAAUACGAUUUCGCUGGAACGUCGGUAUUCUUGUCUCCCAUUCUAUUCAGUUAACGUGGCUAUAUAUUCUUUCACGUUUUCUUUCUUCUUUGCAAAAAUGUACGCAAUGAUAAGAGGAGGAUAAAAGAGUUAUUCAAUAUGAAAUAUAUCAUAGUAAUGACAAUCAAGUCGUUUAACAGGACUAUUUGAGGACCUAGUGUUAAAUGUUAUGCAAACUUUAUCAUGUUUCGUAAAAAUUAUAGUCACCUCUAUCAAAACAUUAGUUUUUUAACCUUAAAUAAACAUAAGUUAGUUAACAGUAAAUAAACAUUUGUUGUUUAACAGUAAAUAAACAUAAGUAUGUUAACAGCGAAUAAACAUUAGUUAGCUAACAUUAAAUAAGCAUAAUUCAUAGGUUUACAGUAUCUUAACAUUAGUUUGUUAACAGUAUUUAAAUAUUCUUUAGUAAGUAUAACAGUUAAUAAAUACAAGUAAGUUAACAGUAAAUAAACAUUAGUCAGUAAACAGGAAAUACAGAUGAGUUAGUAAACAGUAUCUAAAAAUAAGUUAAAAAACACUGAACAAAGGAACAAAGAUGAGUUAAUUAAAAGUAAAUAAGCAUCAGUGAGUUAACGUGAAAUAAAAAUGAGUUAGAUAACAGUAAACAGACAUUACUUAGUUCAGUAAAGAAACAUUAGUGAGUUAUCAUUGAAUAAAGAUGAGUUAAUCAUCAGUAAAUAAACAUUAUAAAGAUGAGGUGUUAACAAUGAAUAAACAUUAGUUAGUUAGCAGUAUUUAAACAUUAGUUAUUUAGUAAUAAAUUAUCAAAAUUAGUUUGUUAACAGUAUUGAAAUAUUCCUUAGUUAAUAUAAGAUAAAGAUUAGUUAGUUAAUAGUAAUAAGCAACAGUUAGUUUACAUUAUCUAGAAUUAAGUUAAUUGACAGUAAAUAACCAUUAGUUAGUAAACUUGAAUAACGAUGAGUUCAUUUACAUUGAAAACAUGAUUAGUUAACAGUAAAUAAACACUAGUUAAUAAACAGCAUCUAAACAUUAGUAUGUUAACAGUAAAUAAAUAUGAGUUAAUUAAAUGUAUAUAGACAUAAGUUAGUUAACAUUAAAUAAAGAUGAGAUCAUUCACAGUAAAUCAACAUUAGAAAGUUAAAUGAGUCAACUAACCGUAAAUAAAUAUUAGUUAACAUUGAAUAAAGAUAAGUUAAUUAACUGUAAAUAGACAUCAGGAAGUUAACAGUAUCAUUUACAGUUAAUAAACAUCACUUAGUUGACAGUAAAUAAACAUAAGUUUGUUAUAAUUAGAUAAAGAUGUGUGAAUAAACAGUAAAUUAACAUUAGUUAGUUAGCUUUACGUAAGUGUGGUAUUUGAGUUCUUUCACAGAAAAAACUAAUACCAUAUCUGGAUUCAUUGGGUGGUUUAUUUUCCCCUGCAGCAAUAUGAAAACACACAUGAGACAAUAUUCAAAACGAAAUCGCCUAAUAAUACAUUUAAUAUGGACAAUUUACAUUGCAACGUACGAUACUUUUAAAAGCUAGAAAACACUUUGCCAAAUAACCGCACCCAUAAGCACCGAUGGAAAAUCUACGAUAAGUUAUAGCAUUCCCAAUAAAUAUAAAUUAUGGAACAUUACUAUUUACCACGGACGGACACGGUAUACGCCCUGCAUCACGCCAAUGCUUACGAAGUCGACAACAAACUAACGGUCGAUAUACCAGUUCAACCGAAUCCAAUUUUUUUCAAUAAAUUUAACUUUCAAUGUGUACUGAAUGUAACAGAAAGGAAGUCCCUGAAAAUCGUUUCCAAGUUGAGACGAUAUACAAUAGAUAUGGACACCAAAAACAUCACGCACUUCGAUUUCCCUGACCCCCUCAAUAUGGAGCUUCCAACCAUCAACGCAAAUUAUAGAUCCAAACCCUAUUGUUAUGUAUACGGUGUCAUAUUCAACUGGAAUGGUCAAGGUUUUAGCCACACUGGAAUAGUGAAAAAGGACUUAUGUGGAAAAACUGGGACAAAGAUGUUUCAAAUACCACAUCAUUUACCCGACAGAGGCGUGGUUUGUUCCUGCACCACAGGCAGUGGCGAAAGAAGAAGAUGAUGGCGUGUUGCUCCUUCUAGUUCUGGAUGGUGACCGAGGGUUAUCCUAUCUUGGAAUCGUGGAUCCAAAGACAAUGACACUGAUCAACAAGGCAUACCUGCCCACAAUUAUUCCUUUCAACUUCCAUGGUCGCUUCUUUCCUGGUCUGUGGUAACUGGUGACGACUGUCACUUAUAUCUGAAAACUGACAAAUGGCAAAGCAUGAUUUGUCAUUUUGGUUGAAAUUAUUCAAGAUUAUAUAGUUUAUUUGUAUGUAUAUAUAUCUACUCCAGAUACCCAUAUGAUUAUUUUGUACAUUUGACAUACAUGCAUUAGAAUAAUAACUACACAAUGUUUAUGUGAAAGAUAACAGAGAUUCCUUCGGUGUCAGGGAAGACUACAUGACCGACGUUGUGUUUUGUAUCAAGCUGAAAAUAAGACAUUAGCAACAUUAGUACAUUCGUAUAUAUAAUGCGUCAUGUCAUUGGUCGGUCGGUUUCAUCCCGCCGAAAGCUUCAUCUUUUUGUUGUGUUCUUAAUUGUUAAAUGCACAAGGUACGUUAUAUUUAUUGAUGUUAAUUAUCAGAUCUAUUUUGAUUUCAAAGUAAUUUUUUUCAUUUCGUCUGCUAGGAUUUGCUUCGAGUAGCUCCGAGUAGAGCCCGACGUUCUAGAAGGAUUUCCCCAAACAUUCGUUGGGAAAUCCCCAAGUCCCCAACUAAAUUGCCCCAGCAUUUUGGCCGACCAGUGGCUCUGACCAAAUUAUUUAUGUAAUUUGUGGAAUACAUAUAUAUAUAAAUUUAUUACUUGAAUAUAAUAAACAUAACCUAGCUAUUUUA